UCUGUAUUACAGCUUUUCAUGUAGGCCAAUCAGGAAGGAGCGAUAACAAUGCGUACAUGCGGAGCCUGUGAAGCAGAUACACAGCUAGAAGAAUUAAUGUCUCAUAAACACCGUCCAUCUAGGGACCUUAUCUAACACGCCACUCCUUUCCGUGCCGCUCGCUAUGCGUGUCUCCAAUGUGCUUCCCACCCCCCGGCCUCUGGUUAUACAAUGACCGGCAGUAAAACGCCGCCACCUCCUAUAAAAGCUACGGCGCCGAGUUCCCGCAAGCAGGAGCAGGAGUCGAGCCUAAACCUGGACCCGAACUUCCCAUAGACCGAGUGAUGGCAGACCGGGGCAACGAUGUCAACAUCGCAAUGGUUGAGGAGCCCAGCUCCAACGGAGACUCCCGAAUCUCUGUAAGUCCUGAGAAAAGGGGGCACUCUCCACAUGGAGCUGUGGUGAGCUUCCACAACAUUCAUUACAAGGUGGAUGUCAGGACUGGACCUCUGUGUCGGAGGAAGCUUCACACCAAGGAGAUUCUCAUCGAGCUGAAUGGAGUUAUGAAGCCCGGUCUGAAUGCUAUUCUGGGUGCGACAGGAAGUGGGAAGUCAUCGUUCCUGGAUGUCCUCGCGGCCAGAAAGGACCCCUCUGGCCUCUCUGGGGAGGUUCUGAUUGACGGAGCCCCACAGCCCCCUAACUUCAAGUGUCUCUCUGGCUAUGUGGUUCAGGAUGACGUUGUCAUGGGAACUCUCACGGUGAGGGAGAACUUCCGUUUCUCAGCCGCCCUGAGGCUGCCCACCUCCAUAACCGAGAAGGAGAAGGAGGAGAAGGUGGAACAGCUCAUCCAGCUUCUGGGCCUCAGCAAAGUCGCCAACUCCAGGGUUGGGACCCAGCUGAUCCGUGGGAUCUCCGGUGGCGAGCGAAAGCGGACCAGCAUUGGGAUGGAGCUCAUCAUCGACCCUUCGGUGCUCUUCCUGGAUGAGCCCACCACGGGGCUGGAUGCCAGUACUGCCAACUCCGUCCUUCUGCUGCUGAAAAAGAUGUCCCGCCAAGGAAGGACCAUCAUCAUGUCCAUACACCAGCCUCGCUAUUCCAUCUACCGGCUGUUCGACAGCCUUACUCUGCUGGUGAGCGGCAGACAGGUUUACCACGGCCCAGCCCAGGAGGCUCUCGACUACUUCUCUGCCAUUGGAUACACCUGCGAGCCUCACAACAACCCAGCAGAUUUCUUCCUAGACGUUAUCAACGGUGAUUCAACGGCUGCAGCUUUGGCCAAAAUGGCCGAUUCUGGAGACGUGGACUUUGAAGAAGAGAGCAGCCAGAGACGGAACACAGAAGACUGUCUGGUGAUGGAGUACAAGAAGAGCACACAGUACAGGGAGACCCAGGCAGAGCUGGAGAAGAUCUGCAAGGGCAGAGACCAUAACAUCAGCCUCAAAUCCCGCACCAUCACUUACAGCACCUCCUUCUGGCACCAAUUCAGAUGGGUACUGAAGAGAACCUUCCGGAACCUCAUGCUGAAUCCUCAGACCUCUGUUGCUCAGAUCAGUGUCACGCUACUUCUAGCACUCAUCAUUGGAGCCAUAUUCUUUGGGAUAAAAGAUGAUCCGAGCGGAAUUCAAAACAGGAUGGGUACUCUCUUCUUCAUCACCACAAACCAGUGCUUCAGUUCCCUGUCCGCUGCAGAACUUUUCAUCAUGGAGCGGAAACUCUUUGUGCACGAGUCCAUCAGUGGGUAUUACAGGGUCUCCGUGUACUUUCUGUCCAAGAUCCUGUCGGACAUCAUAACCCUGCGGACCAUUCCAGCCAUCGUCUUCAGCUGUGUCGCUUACUUUAUGAUCGGUCUGAAGGCUACCGUCUCAGCGUUUUUUAUCUUCAUGCUGUCGGUGACGCUGGUGGCCUACACAGCCACAGCUAUGACCUUCGCUAUCUCGGCUGACCAGAGUGUGGUGGCCAUAGCCAACAUCUUUAUGACCAUCACCUUUGUAUUCAUGAUGAUCUUCUCUGGGCUUCUGGUGAACCUGCCUAGCAUCAUGGACUGGCUGGCCUGGUUUAAGUACUUCAGCAUCACUCGCUACGGCUUGACAGCCCUGCAAAUAAAUGAAUUUAGAGGCCUGAAUUUUUGUGAGAAUUUACCUCUGCCACCUACUGUAAUGCCAGGAAUGAACUGCACCAUCAUCACUCCUGGUUUAACGUGUACUGGGGAAGACUUUCUGAAAGAGCAGGGCAUUGACUACUCAACAUGGGGACUCUGGCAGAACCAUGUCGCCCUCUUAAUAAUGACCAUCAUCUUCCUCAAAAUUGCAUAUCUGAAACUGCGCUUCAUCAGAAAGUUCACAUAAACCAGGAGUCAAGUUAUCAAACACUUGUCUCAUCACUUCCAUAAUACAGCUCAAUUGUAAUCAUUCAUUUAAGAAGAGUCAGGGUCAGAAAUUCUCCAGGACAUGAUUGUCCCUAGUGCUCCUUGUGUAAGGACAGUCUGCGGGCUGGGAUUCCCCCUGCACCGGGUUGAAGUGCAGUGGACACAGUCACUAAACAGGACCAAACUGGGUAGUGCAAGGAAGAGCACAGUGCCCGAGAGCUUCGAAGCACAAAAUGAGGAGGGGAGGAGCUGAGGGCAUGGGAAACAGGAAAUGAUGUCAUCUCCUCAAAACCUCUUGCCUCUCUUCUGCUGUAUAUAUGUAUUACUUAUGAUGAUCAGUUACACAUAUGUAAUCAUUAAGUUUCUUAGCCCUUUGUUUUAGCAAGAUUAUUUAUGUAACAAUGUUCUACGCUCCAAAUCAAGAAAACUAUGAAUGUAAAAUGAGGUGUCCAUGUAAUUAAUUAGGAAAAAAGUUUGUCUUGGAAGAGAAUUCUGAGUGAUUCACUUUGUGUACAUUGACUGAUAUACUUUAUAUAGAAAAUAAAUGUGCUGUUUCUGGUAAA